AUGAAGGAAUCUGUCACGAAAGUUUUAUCGUCUCUGAUUGUUAUUGCCUGGGUGUCAUCAAAUGUGGAAACCACUGAAUGCAGGUUGAACAAGAGCCACAAGAAAAGAAAUGAUUAUUCAAACCGCACCAACAACAGAUCUUACGAAGCCUUUAUCGAGGAUGAUGCGCAGACUCGAGCAGUGCCUGCUCCACUCUUGGUCUUCACUAAUCCUCACCAGCCUUGCUACACUCAAUUUUUCGCUAAUGGAAUCCCACCCGUAGGUCUGCGAACGGGACACAAUUUAGGGAAUAUAAAAUAUAUUUGCCAGCAAUUUAGUGGUGUAGUUUAUUACGCAACGAUGUUUGACGAAAGGCAAGGCAUUGCUGUGUUCUCAGCCUACGUAUUGACACCAACAAACGUGAAUUUCAACACCAAUAAUCUUGCUCGCCAGCCACAUUGGAGGCGAUCAAAAGGUAUAGGCACACAUGGAAGCACUCCAAUAUAUCAAACUCAGGGUCAGCAAAUCGACAAAGGUCACCUCGUCCCUGGGGCCACAUACUCCAGCACUAGAGACAGCGCUUGUUCCACUUAUGUCUACACCAACGCUGUACCCCAAUAUCGUACCUUCAACCGCGGCUUAUGGGCUCAGUUUGAGGCGAGGAUACGAGCGUUCGCUCCGCAAUGCACGGGCAAUGGCGGCCGUUUGUACCUGUUGACAGGUGCCUCGUUCCUUCACAUUCAAACCACCGCUCCAGGAGUGAACGCACCUCCUGUGGCCCAGUUGGGUCCAGCAGGGAGGCGCAACGUUUGUCCAGCGAUAUCUAUUCCAAAUUCGAUGUGGACCGCUGGCUGUUGUGUGCUUCCAGGUGGGGUGCGAAGCUUUGCAGUAUUUGGGAACAACGUACCAAACGCAGCGCAGAGCUUGACUCAGCAAAUGCCCGUUGCAUCACUAGAAAACAUUUUAUUGCAAGAUGUUGUGCAUCACGGCAUGGGGGGACAACCGUUCAGCCUCUUUCCCGCAUGGAAUGGAGCUUGCUCACUGUCCCACAAUAACGUAGUGAUAUAAGAAAUCGCCACGGCAAUUGUAGUUGAAAUAUAGAGCGACUAUUUAUCUAUUCGGAAAUAAAACUGA